AAAGCAGUUAAAUUAUUGAUACAGAUUAUUUUAAUAGAAAUCAUGAUGAGAUAAUAUUGCUUUAUAAAUUACCAUUAUAUUGCAAAAUAACUUUAUUGGAUUAAAUAUGGAGUUUGAACAAAGUUAUUGUCAACAUUUUAAAAGCAUACAGAGAGCGAUAAAGAAAUUGUACCGUUUUAAUUUGAUUUAACUAGGUUAGUAUCUUGAGUGCCUAAAUGGCAGUGACUGUUAAUAUUAAGGCAUAUAACACAAUCAUCUGUGUUUUGUGUAAGCAUAAAAUAUCUGUUGGUUGUUGAUACAUUGUUGCUACAAUCACAAAGACAGCAACAAAGCUAUCCCUGGCAAACUCUCAACUGAUUUGUUGCCAUGACAACUAAUGGUCAACAGCUGAUACAUGUUAGCAGCAUUGAAGGUGGUGGUUCUUCCUGGAUUAUGUCUAGGUUGAAGAUAACAUUAUAGAUAUAAUAUAUAUAUAUAUAUAUAAAUAUAUUUUAGACCUAGUAUUCUGUUUAUUACAACAGGUAUACGGACAGACAACAAAAUAUGCAGGUAAGUGUUUAGGCUUUUUAUGGUUUGAAAUGUUAUGGUUUGAAACAUGCAUCUUAUACUUCUAAUUUAAGUUGGCUGAUUAGCAGGCUCAAGAUACAAUAUUCUAGCGAUUUACAUUAUUCCUUAUAAAGAGAUUUUAUGCAUCCGUUUCUGGUAUUUUAUUCACUCAACAACAUAUGAACCUAGCAAUGUGAGGCUUUUUGAAUUUCACACAAUUUAUGUUAAAAACAUGUGUGAAUGGUUUGUUCCCCAAGAGGAUACAUUAAGCAACAUGGAUUUGGUAAAACGCACCAAAUCAAAGGUGGGCUGUCUACAAAAUCUGAAAGGCCAGCAGCUCUACAGACAACUCCUCAACAAUGCCACCUGCAGUCUCACCUUCUCCAAAGAUGUUAUAUGGGAGAUGGGGUCAGACAGUAUACCUUACAGUCAAGCUGACUUCCACUGGCUUUUCAGUGCCUCCGGACCUCUGGCACCAAGUCCCAAGCCAAAGAGCACAGGGAUAAAAUCAAUGAAAGGUAUCCCCCUUCAUCCUUCACCUCAGGAUCCUGCCAAGAAGAGGGGCUUCAGAGACCCUCCCUCUAUGCUCCCUGAAUUACAAAUAUCCCAUCUUGCGCCAUUGACUGCCAAAGACUCCUUUACACUCCCUAGUCACCAGGGGGGGCUCUUGGAUUCCUUUAAAAGGACAGGACUACGAGGAGUUUCUAAUGUUUACAAUUGUCUCGAGGAAGCAUCUACAGGAGGCAGGGAGGACCGUUUAAAGAGCUGCCACUGGGAUGAGUUUGUGCUAAAGAAGCUGACCAAGACCACAGCCCAGUGGAUAGUGAGUCAACAGAUUCCAAACCAGUGCCAGAAUAAGACUCGGCUGCAGUCACUGCUGAGGAGUCAGUAUGGUUCAGCCAGCGCCACAGAUCUAGUCAAUGAGGAGCCCAUGUGUGAGGAGGAUUUCUGCAGUUACCAAGAUCUCCACAAGCAGACUGAGAAGCAGCAGCCUCUUCAGAGCUGCAAGGCUGAGACACCUCUUCCAGUAUACUACAGGGUGCAGGGCUACUCUCUUCCCCCUGCAUGUUCUGAUGAGCCUGGGGGUAUGAACCAGACUGCCAACACUGUAGCAGUCAAGCACAUUGAAACCCCUCAACCUCCUCGUCUUCAGGAUAGCCUCAACCCCCGUGCUGGAAGCCAUGUCUUGCACACAGAGAAUAACUUUGAACAGGAGAUAUUUUCUGGAAUAGCCAAACAGGUACAUCAGCGAGAUCCACGGAACCACGAUCGCAUCAUCAUGGACAACAAUUCAGAGUACCAAAAGAACCUUCAAGACUUUUUCCCCUGUGGUCCAGAUAAGUGGACAAAGGCUUCAGCAGAAACCAUGCACAAUGAGACACAAGGAAUACGACGGGUGGAGAAAGGUACUCGGCGGUGGGUGGACCUGCCUACCACUGCUGACUAUGCCACAGAGUUGGGUCUGAGACCUCCUGACUACAGCGGGAAGGACACAGAGGUGCCCAGACAGCAACCCCACUACAACCCAAUGGCCGAGCUCUCCUCCUUACGUUACGCAGUGGAGGGAUGGAGGAGUGCCUGGAAGAUCAAGAUCACCUGGCAGAGUGUGACUAUUGAAGGGUUGAAGAGAGCCCUUAAAGACCUGCACUACCACGUUCGCCUGUCAGCCAUAGCCACUUGUGCAUCAGGGGCAGUGAACAGACCGAGGGAAAAGCAACAUCCCACAGAUGCAGGUCAGUAUGGCCGUGUGUGGGACAUCCAGCCAGUUCCUCAGGAGCUCCAGCCUCUUCUUCUGCUAGCUCUGGACGACCCUGUGAAGAGAGUUCAGAUGGCAGCAGCAGUGUGCCAGUACGCCAUGGGGACGCCAGACUCCCGAGCCCGCGUAAUCCUCUGCAAUGCACUACAUCAAGACUCUGCAGGUGUAGGUGCAGACAGCUGGGUGGCAGCACAGUGCCUGGCCGUGGAGGGGGAUUACAGUCGGCCAGUCAUUCAGAGACUUCUCUCCCAGCAUUUCGUCAGUGAGGUUCACACAGAUAAUAAACAGUCAGCCGCUCUACUUGCCAGCAUCAGUAGCAAGACAACUCUAGUUCGCUCCCUGCUGGCUGAGGAGUUGAAUUGUGCCAACUGGAGGACCAGACUCUUGGCUUGCAACACUAUCUCCCAAUUGAAAGGACCAAUUAAUAAGGACCUUUCAAACAAGUUGAUCUACCUGAUGUGGAAUGACUGGAGUGGUAACGUGAAGCAGGCUGCAGCCCAGGCCCUGGGGAAACUAGGAAUGGGAAGAGAUGUGCACAACGAGCUGAGAAUGAAGCUUGAGAAAGGUCCCGCCUCCUGGAGGGUGGAGGCUCUCAUCCUCAUAGCUCAUCUACAGAUCAUGACCGCCAAGCUGCUGCCACCCUUUCUGAAAUGUUUCAAUGACAACUUUGUGGCCGUGAGGAAACAGGCCUGUCUGACUGCUGCAGCUCUAAUUAUGAAGUACAGCAUGGUCUUGAAUCAGCUGAUUCAGCUAACACAGAAUGACCCAGCAUGGGAGGUUAAAGUUGUUGCAAUCAGUGCUUUAGGGAAGAUAGGUUGCCUCACGCCGACCCUCCAGGACCACCUCCUCUGGGCUUUACAUCAUGAGGAGAAACCCCAGGUACGCAUCGCCGCCUGCCAGGCCCUAAAGAUCCUUAAAGUGAAGGGACCAGAGCUGCAGAACCUCCUACAGGAGCGGUUUGUACUAGAACCCCACCCCCAGGUCCAUAGGCAUAUACAGGGGCUCCUCAAAAACUAUGGCUACAGUAUUGAUGGAGACAGGGGCAUGGUCCACAAAAUCAAAGAUCAGGUUCAGAGGCUAUGCACCAAGAGCAUCAUCACAGACAAAGUGCUAUUGAUGGAGAAGCUGGAGAACAUGUACCAGCAACAGAGGAAGUAUCUGGUAAAUGAUAGCCGGCCGGACACUACACCAAUAUCACAGCUGCUGCAGGAACGCUACAACAAGGAAGAUGCCCGAAAGAAAUGGAGAAACCUGAGGGAUGUGUUGACAAGGAAAGUGAAAGCAGAUCGGAUCGGUGGUGCCACAGGGGAGGCCCUAAAAAAAUGGAGAUAUAGUGAGUUAAUGGCAUUUCUGAUCCCAUACAUACAGCGAGGUAGAGGAACUGGCAGCAGCAAUAGCACAGAGGAGUUUGAUGAUGGAAAAGAUGACACAACUAGCACCUCUGAUGUCCUGAUUGAUCUAGAUGGAAGUGUGGUUGAUACCAAGAUGUCACCACCUUUGGACAACAACUUACAUGAGAUGACAUGGAAAGAUUCCUGGCAAACAGCUGGACAAGGAGACAAUGAGGAUGAGAUGUUUUUCAUGAGCCUACUCCCUCACCUCAAGCGGUUACCUUACAGGAAAAAGUGUGCAAUUAAGCUGAAAUUUCACCAACUUCUCCACGAUGCUGAAUUUGAGGACACCGACUAGCCUAACUGUACAGUAAAUAUAUUUUGCAUCAACGAGUUGGGACUUUCUUAGGACAGAACAUUUUGUUGAAAAUAUACUUGAUCAAUUUCCAUUUAGUUACCUUGAGAAAGUGUCCAAUAGUGCUUCUUUGGAACCCCUCCCCCCACACACACAAACCUUCCAAGUUUGAGCCCACUGGUGAUGUUUCAGUGUGUUAGUGAUAGACAGGAGGGGGCUGUAGUAUUUAACCGGACUAAGCUAGAAACAUUAUUUGUUUAAAAUGUUUUCUUUCUCCUAAUAUGUGGAAAGGGCUGCUUUUAGCCAAGACCCUUUAUACAUGUAUUAUAUAUACGAACACAUGGAGAUGGUUUAUUACUUAGAAUUUAAUUUGUAAAAAAUAUUGUAACAAUGUUGGUCUGUUUAGUGUCACCUCUGGUCACAUUCAUAAAGGCAUAGCCAAGAGAUGAUGUUUGUGGGUGGGGGCUAAUACAGGACGAGUAAAGGCCCAGUUCACUACUUUUAUUUUUUUAGAUGGUGCUUCAGCACCACUACUUCCUGUGGCUAUGCAUACAGGUAUGCAUUUUGUUUGCUCCUGGAAUACUUUAGUCUGGUUGUAAAAAUAAAAACAGUUGAGUAAAUGUUCUCCAUGCUAGUGCAAUAGUUGCUCUUUUGACAAUUUAUAUUUUGUCUUUACUUUUUGAAGUUGGCUAUUUCAUUCAUGCAUUUUAGAAUGUUAUUGAGCUUAAUAAAAGUUGUGGUUAAAUUCUGCCCCAU